AUGUCAGUAGGUAAAAAACAAAAUACGAAUAUAUGCGAAAAUGAAAAUAAAAAAACAGAUAUAGAUACAUCAGAACACAUACAACUGGAUGGCAAUAAUAGGGAUAAUGUCAAAUGUGAUAAUAAUGCAAAUGAUAAUAAUUCGGAAAAUAGCAAAAUAACAAAAACCAAUAAAGAAAAUAAUGUUAAAAAUGAAAUAAAUACAGAUAAACUAACUAAAACAAACAAAUAUAAUAAUAAAAAUUAUAUAGAUCAAAAUAAUAACCAAACUAUGGAGAUUGAUAAUAUUUGUCAAAAUCAAAAAACUUGUGAAGAUAUCAAUACCACCAUAGAAAUUGCAAAUGAUAACUCUCUUAAUAUUUCCAUGAAGAAUUCAGUGUGUGCAAAAAAAAAAAUUGUACUUUUAAAAAGAAACGAAAUUAAAUACAACAAAUAUUACCAAGGGGGUACUCUAAAUAAUAAUAACGAAUAUGAAAAUACUAACAAUUUUAAUAGACGAAAUAACAAUAAAAAUAAUUCAAAUAAAUAUAAUUUAAAUGGUAAAAAUACAAAAGGAGAAAAAACACUAGAACAAAGAGAGCAAGAAUAUAAUAAAAUUAGAGCUAGAAUUUUUUCCAAUUUUAACAAAAACACAAAAAAUAAUUCAACAUAUUCUACUAUUCCAAAUAUUAUACCACGCACACUUAAAAAUGAUAACGUAUAUAUUAUUCCACCUUGUAAUAUUCCAUUAAAUAACUCACUAACAAAUUCACACAUUGAUCCUUAUUUUUAUAUGAACAAUUACUAUAAUACAUAUAAUAAUAUGAUUAACCCGCAAUAUGUAAAUAAUAAUAUGCCAAUCUUUGAUAUUAACCCUAUUGUUAAUUUACCACCUUCCCAAUUUUAUUGCAAUACUGAUACAACAAUUAAUAUGUUCAAUCAUUCUGAAAAUAAAAUUAACCCUGAUAUUAUUAAUUGUAAUCUUAUACCUAACGCUAAUUCAAUUUAUCCUAACUAUCCAUGCAACAUACAAGGAUAUCCUCCUUUUUUGAAAUUUAAUAAUUCACAAAUUAUUCAUAAAAAAAUCCCAAACGGUAAUAAAUAUAAUCCAAAUUACAACCCCCCUAAUCACAUUACUAACUUUAACAAUCAAAAUAAUAUGAACAGUCAGAAAAAUAACAAAAAAAAAAUAGUAACAAGCAAGGUAAAAAAUGAUAAUAAUAUGACUCCACUAACCGAAAAUGCUACAAAUAAAGAAAAAAUUAUGGACGUUAAUAAUAUUCGUGAUGUUACAAAGAAUAUUUGUAGAAAUAUGAAUGGAAACACUAACAACCAAAGCUCUCCCAAUAUCAUUACUUAUAAUAAUCAAUCUAUAAAAGAAAAAAAUAUUAAUUAUGAACAGGAUCAUGCUCCUAUAAAUGUUGGCUUUAGUAAAUCAAUUAUGAAUAUUCAUAAUAAAAAUCCAAAUAAGGUAAAAUUGAGUAAUAGCAAAAAAUUUUAUACUAGCCAAAAUAACAAUCUGGAUAAAAAGGGAAAGGGACCCCAAAAAAAAACAAUAUCCAAUAUCAAUAUAACUGGAAAGACUUUGCAAAAUAAUACAAUUUCUUAUGACAAAUUAGAAAUUUUCAAAAAUUCCCCAAAUGAAUAUUGCACACCUCCAACAAUUCCAUCAAAUAUUUCAAAACCAUCCCAUGGAAUUGAACCAACAAAUAAUAACACUGAAUAUCUGGAUAUAAAAAAUGAAAUAAAUAUUUAUAAUGAAGAGGGACAAACCCAAUUAAUAUCAACAUCAUCUCAAAAAAAAUUGAAAAAAAAAUCGAAAAAGAAAUCAGAAAAAAAAAAUACAAAUAAUACCAACAUAAAUUUUGACCCUGAAUUAAUCAAUUUUAAUGAUACAAAAAUAAAAAAUAGUGAAAUAGAUGAACAAAAUAUUAACACAAAUAAUGAAAAAUCGAAUACAACUCCAAAGAAAAAAAAAAAAAAAAAAAAAAAAAAAAUAAAUAAAAACACAAUAAAUGAUAAUAAUUCUACACUAAACCCCCAACCAUCUAUUAUUAUUCCUAACAAAAUGCAAACAAAUUUUAAUAGCCCCAAUAAAUUUUCCCCAUUAAUAGUAAAUAAUGCACAUAUUAAUUCUCAUUCUAACUACAAUUUUAUAAAUAAUAUUCCAACAUUUCAACAAUAUUAUCCUAACGAUAUGCUAAAUAAUUUAGAAUAUUGCCGAGAUAUAUCAUUAUAUGAAAAAAGAUAUGAUCGAAAUGAUGAUUUAAUGCUUAACCCUAAACGAUAUGAUAUUGAUUUUCCUUCUCUUCACUAA